AUGGUGCUGGUCCUGUUGAUACUUAUAAUCGGAUUUGCGGCAGCAAAUCCUUUUCCAAAUACAUCGAACAACCGAUUAGUCCCUCAAGUCCAAAAAGUGCUUUCGCUUUCCACGGAGAAUCAUUUGGAUAGAAUAGACGACAGCUCAGAUCAAAUAAAUGAAACGGUAGAAAAUACGAAUGAAACUGCUCUAUUAAUUCCGAAGCACACGAUCCAUUUCAAAGUUUCCGAGUCGAAGACAAGUGAAAAUGAGAAAAAUGAGAAAAGGACACAAGCACGGAAACAUAAAGCUUUAUUUGUAGAUUAUCCUCUGUUAUCGCGUAUCAUACAUUAUCCAAGGGUGUCUGCGUAUAAAAUCGGUUACAACGACGAUUCAGAGUUGACAGCCAACGAUAGAUCAUCGGACGAGUCUAAGAGAUACCAGGAUCAAGAGAGUGAUAUCUUUUAUAUCCGACUUCCGCCUAUUCCAUACAUGUUUGUACCCGGUCUCGGAUACAUCUCGCAACCACCCACAUACUCAAGCGCUUCCUUGAAGCCCCAGAUACCCCUUGUUCCUCAACUAGUCCAGCUACAUCACGUGAGACCUGUGCGACCUCAACCAGCCUCUCAACAGACCGUUAAUUCCUUCAUCAAAUUGCCUAUAGACUUCAUAAGCAACGGCAAGCCCACCUCCGUUUACCAAUGGCAAAGGAAACCUGGCAAGAAGCCAACCGACAGUCCAAUCACGAACCUGGACAACCUGUCAGCCGACUUCGUGAACAACGGUAAGCCGACCUCUAUUUAUCAAUGGCAAGCGAAUCUCAGGCCGGUAAAGAGGCCGGAUGAUUCGCUUAAUAGUCUUGAUAUGGGACCUUACACCUUUAAUGGCAAACUAACCAACGUGUACUUGCUUGAAUCGAAUGACUCCACCACAAUGCAUCAGUCCAUUCGACAGUCCAAUUAUGUGCAUAAAUAA